ACCCCGGAUACCAGCGGUUUCACAUCCCGGGUAUCUCCCGCCCUCCUGCUCCUCCUUCGCCCGCUCCGCCUCCCUUCCUGCGUUCUCCACCACCGGGGAGGUCCAUAGGCUGCCGAGCUAACUCCCGAAACCCGGGCCCCUGAAGUUUGCGUGCGGCACCGGGAAGACAAGGUCCCGCUUGCCCCGCACAGCCGCUUGCACAUGACGCGGGCUCCGCUGAUGUUCGUACCCGGAGCCGAGCGCUCCCCUACGGUGCGACAUCUCGGCGCUACCGUGAGCUAACAACAUCGAUCUUCGCUGCGGCUUCCACCGCCCCCUCUCUGCCUCUGGUCGACCCCGCUACCGAUCUGUCAUAUCGAGCGUUGAUUGAUUAGCUGGCUCUGGAGCUCCGGGGGCAUCCCGCCUAUCAUCGUCCAUCAUUCGGUGCAGGAAUCCCGAUCAGAAAGCCUCCUUUUCUCUGCUUCUCUUCUGCUUUUUUAGGGUCCGCCUCCUCUCUACCUCAGCAGCCCCGAUGCCGCCUGGUCCAUAUCCCUGUGUGUAGCACCAUCAUCUCCUACUUCUAUUAUAAACCUUCAUCGGCUGGCUGGCGUGUUCCACUUUCCUCCCACACGCAGCUGCCCCACCGUUCCUUAAAUCCUCACCAGCUUCCCAGAGUCGGUCCAACCAUCCACACCGCGGCAGGCCUCCGUGACGCCCGACCCGCGGCGUCCGAGCCACGGGUCCCACCAUGCCGGGUCCGGUGGCCGGGAGCAAGGCCCGUGUGUACGCAGACGUCAACACCCUGAAGAGCCGGGAGUACUGGGACUACGAGGCCCAUGUUCCAAACUGGAACAACCAGGAGGACUACCAGCUGGUCCGUAAGCUGGGCAGAGGGAAGUACAGUGAGGUGUUCGAGGCCAUCAACAUCACUAACAAUGAGAAGGUUGUGGUCAAGAUCCUCAAGCCUGUCAAGAAGAAGAAAAUCAAGCGAGAGAUUAAGAUCCUGGAAAACCUGCGAGGGGGGACCAACAUAAUCCGUCUCGUGGACACAGUCAAAGACCCGGUGUCGAGGACUCCGGCACUCGUGUUUGAAUCCAUCAAUAACACAGACUUUAAGGAGUUGUACCAGAAGUUGACAGAUUAUGACAUUCGUUUCUACAUGUACGAACUACUGAAGGCUCUGGAUUACUGUCACAGUAUGGGAAUCAUGCACCGCGACGUCAAACCUCACAACGUGAUGAUCGACCACCAGUUAAGAAAGCUACGCCUUAUAGACUGGGGGCUGGCAGAGUUUUACCACCCGUCCCAGGAGUACAACGUCAGAGUGGCCUCUCGAUACUUUAAAGGCCCCGAACUUCUGGUGGACUACCAGAUGUAUGACUACAGUUUAGACAUGUGGAGUCUGGGAUGCAUGCUGGCCAGCAUGAUCUUUCAGAAAGAACCAUUCUUCCACGGACAAGACAAUUACGACCAGCUGGUGAGAAUUGCCAAAGUCCUGGGGACCGACGAGCUGUUUGGUUACCUGCGGAAAUAUCACAUCGAACUGGACCCACGCUUCAAAGACCUGCUAGGACAGCAGAGCAGGAAGCGAUGGGAACAGUUUGUGCAGACUGAGAACCAGCAUUUAGUGAGUCCUGAAGCUCUGGACCUGCUGGAUAAGCUGCUCCGCUACGACCACCAACAGAGACUGACAGCCACUGAGGCCAUGGAACACCCCUACUUCUAUCCUGUAGUAAAGGAGCAGUCUCUAUCAAACUCUGACAACAACAUGGUUUCUAGUGGCAACAGUACAGCACGAUGAAAGAAGUGGAAGGAAGAUGGAUGUCUGUUACCUCAACUUUGAAACCGCUUGUGUCAGAAACUUGUGACGAAGUGUACAGCAACAAAUGGCUCAAAGCGACUCGGACCAGUUUACACAUUCACAGAAACGUUCACACGGACAAACGUCAAUGCAAGCACACGUCUCCAAACACAAACAGAUGCAGAAACAAACACAAAAAAACCCGCCCUCCUCCUCUUCCUCUGUGUCGGUUUGUGAUUGGCUCGUCCUGGUUUCCCGUCUGGCAAUCUGACCAAUGACCUCGAAGCUGCUGCUCCCCACUCCUUUGACUGCUUCCUGUCCUGUCCUGUCUGGGUCUCAUGUAGGUCAACGAAGACAUUUAAAGUCCUCUUGUUUGUCAUCCUUUCAUCCCCACUUUUAUGUUUCCUUCUUCCUUGACUGCAUCAGCAUGGAGAAUGAACAGGAGGUCUGAUUUUUUUUUAUUUUUCUUUCCCUGCCCAUCUUUGCCUUUCCAUCUUCCUCCUCCCCAACAGACCACAGGCGUCUUAGCACUACUCCAGAUCUGAUGGCAUGGUGGACUCUCUAGAUAAUAUGAUAAAUAUAAUAUUAAUGACAAAUAAAUGAUUUUUAUUUAGAUGAAUCUA